AUGAUGAAUGAGCACCAUUCUGGGACACCAGAAACCGGUGGCUCUACACAUUCAUCUCGAACUCCUUGGAUGCAGGUGUCAGAUCACAUUUCUCCAAUUCUACCCAACAAUUGGAGGAAUUAUGUUCAGAAGAAGAUAGAGAAGAUACAGGAUUCCAAAUCCACAGCUGUGGUAUUGAAUGUUGAUCUUCUCAUGAAGGAGAUUCAUUCGCGGCUUGAUCCUCCAAAAGAUAAAAAGAAUCUGCAGAAUAUAGAUUCUGCAGUCAACACAGCUACAACAGCUACAAUGGCCACAACAACUACCAGCAACAAUACAUUGAAUCCGGCCCGUGGAGGCUGUACUGGACAUGGUUGUGGCAGUUCACAAGAGGGCUCCCGAAACCAUCAGGGAUUGAGAAAUCCAUCUACCUGUCCUGAAUAUGAAUCAGAGACCUAUCAGAUGACAAACCUCACAGAGGUUAUCAAUGUACCAGCCUGUUACAAGGAUCCCUCCAACGGGUGUUUAUACAUAUCAAAGGAUGUCAUCUUCCAGAAGGACCUUCAUCUUGCCAAUUCAUCAAUACCGACUACUCCACACAACCCGAAGAUCCUACCCAAUGCAGCCUGUAAAGCGGCUGCAGCGAUUCCUUCGAAGACACCAGGCCUACCCACUGCGGCCUGUCAAGAGACUGCAGUGAUUCCUGAUCCAUCAAUUGAUAAUCUAUUCAUUGAUGAGGAAAUUCGACCUGAGUGUCCAUUAUUUCUCAUACUCACUAAUAAUUGGUGGAUUGACUAUGAUAUCUCUGCGAGAAUACCUACCCUUUUAGUGCAGAAUACACUGAACUCCCUGAAACCCACAGUUGAAUCUGAUGACCCUCCGACAUCUACAAGGGAUAUCACUAUAGUGAGGGAAUCAACAGUGAGGGAAUCUUCAGUGAGGAACAGUCUUGAAGACCUACUCACCAAUCCCGAGAUCACUGCACUUCUGAUCCCGAAAAACCUCACACAUGCCAAAGCUUCCAUGAAAUGGAAGUAUUAUUACAAGGCCUGUGUUAAAGAGGUCAACUGUUUGAAAUAUACAUGUUGA